AAUACAUUUUAAACCCUGAGGUGGGUGAGUUUUAAAAGUAACCAAUUAAACCACGAAGUUUGGAAAUGUAACAAAUUGAAGAAGGAAGAAGAAAGAACUCGAGCCGUGAGAGCUGUGCCACGCAGAGACACAGAAGACGAAAAAGUUUUAUUUUCAUGUUACGAAAGAGCGUGGCUGUUCAGAGAAGAAAAUUUACAUACCGUUAAUUUCAGUUUUCAAUCGCAUCCACUAAACCCUAAACCCUCUGAUCUUUCUCUGUCUCACAUGAAUGCAAGCUCUCAAAUCACUCUUCAGCCCCUCCUCACCUUUUCGUCUCCACAAGUUUCCCACAAAAAAACCAACAAAGUCCUUCCUUUCUCUCUUCUCAAAUCUCUCUUCACCCACCAAAACCAAAACCAAAACCAAAACCAAACCUAAAACCCCAUUUUCAAACUCCACCAUCAUAAAUUACCUAACCAACACCUUAAAAUUCUCAAAAACCCAAGCACUUUCUAUCUCAACCCGCUUCUAUUAUGUCAAAUCCACUGAAAAGCCACAAUCCGUGGUUCUCUUCCUCCAAAACCUUGGGUUCUCCGAAACCCAAAUAAGAUCCGCGGUUCGUGUCUCACCCCAUAUAUUGUUCUCUGAUAUUGACAAGACCCUUAAGCCCAAGAUUGAGUUUUUCCAACAACUGGGUUUUGUUGGUUCUGAUCUGGGAAAGUUCAUUUCCAAGAAUUCCACGCUUUUGAGUGUGAGUUUGGAGAGAAGGUUGAUACCUUGUGUUGAGAUUCUUAAGAAAAUCUUGUGUAACAAUGAGAAUAAUCAAUGCCUUCUCCGGGUUUUGCGGCGGUGCAAUGGCGUGGUUAAGGGAGACCCUGAAUCAAGGUUGUUGGGCAACAUUGCUUACUUGAAGCGUUGUGGGAUUGUUGGGUCUCAGCUCUCAAUGCUUUUGACUAGGCAGCCUUGGCUUUUUGUUAUUCAAGAAAACAAGCUUAGAGGCCUUGUUUCUAGAGUUUUAGAUAUGGGGUUUGUGGUUAAUUCAAGGAUGUUAGUUUAUGCGGUUUAUACAGUUAGUUGCAUGAGCCAUGAGACUUUCAUGAGGAAGUUAGACUUCAUUCAGAGUUCCGGGUUUUCUUCCGAUGAAUGCAUGGAAAUGUUUAGGAAGGCACCUGGUUUGCUUAGGGCCUCUGAGGAGAAGUUAAAGCUUGGAAUUGAGUUCUUUAUGAAUACCAUUAAGUUGGAAAGGUCGGUUUUAAUUCGUUUACCUUCAUGUUUGAUGUUUAGCAUGGAGGAAAGAGUGAUUCCUCGGUACAGGGUUUUGCAGAUUAUGAAGUCCAAAAGGCUGUUGAAGAAGGAGCCAAGUUUUCUUCACAUGUUGAAUUUAACUGAGGAGGUGUUCUUAACGAAGUUCAUCGCGAAGUUUAGUGAUCAUACUGAGGAAUUGUUGGUAGCUUACAAGGGUCAUUUAUUGGAUUCUUCUUCUGAGGAUGAAACUUUGAUAUGUGUUUAGCCUUCAUUUCCUUGGGGUUCAAGAUCAAAUUGCUCAAGUACAUAGUGGCAUUGGGAAGUCAAUAGGGUUUGGGAUCCCAAGCCUUAUUGAAGAUGAUGAACAGUGAAGUUCCUAGAGCUAUUCACAUUAUGGCCCUGUUAUUUUAGAAUCUGAUUGGUAAAUGACAUGGAUUUGUUUUGAGACAAUCUGUUUGUGU